UCGUGUGCUAGCACAGAGUGAAGAUAAGAACUGCAGAGUCCAAAAGACUUCUUGUUAUAAAACCUCAGGAAACCCGAACUGAGAAAUUUGAAAAGCAAGCAAGAAAGAUGUUGUUUCAAGUAGGAGGACAAGGGACGCGUCCCACCUUCUUCGAGAUGGCUGCUGCUCAACAACUUCCUGCCAGUCUCCGAGCUGCCCUUACUUACUCCAUCGGUGUAUUGGCAUUAAGAAGACCAUUUCUGCAUAAGGUGUUGGACCAUGAAGAUGAAUUCUUUUCAUUGCUUAUGUUGGUCCUUGAGACUCAUAGCUUGCGGACUACAGAUGCUUCUUUUUCAGAAUCCCUAUAUGGAUUGCGAAGAAGGACAGCGAACAUAAGAGUAAAGAAGGAAGAUGCACGUCCAAACUCAGGGGAUGGAAUUCAGCACUCAGGGUUAGAAAAGCACCAAAGAAUUCUUUCAGUUGUAUUUUUGGUUGUGUUGCCUUAUUUCAAGUCAAAAUUGUAUUCAAUAUAUAACAAAGAAAGGGAAGCCAGGCUUCAAGCAAGUUUGUGGGGAAAUGGUGAUGAAACAGUUGAAGAUGCUGAAUAUUUUAGUGGAGGGGAGGCUUCUCUUGUUUCUAGAGAAACAACAAUUAGAGCACGUUUGAUGAAGAAAAUUCAGAAAAUUAUGUUUGUUUGCUACCCAUGGCUGCAUGCUAGUAAUGAAGGAAUGUCAUUUGCUUAUCAGCUCUUAUAUUUGCUGGAUGCUACUGGGUUCUAUUCGUUAGGACUACAUGCGCUUGGGAUUCAUGUUUGUCGAGCUACAGGGCAAGAGCUGAUGGACACUACUUCUAGAAUUUCAAAGAUACGAAGCAAUGAACGUGAGAGGCUUCAUGGCCCCCCAUGGUUGAAGGCGUUACAAGGAGCAUUGCUAAGCUGUGCAUAUACAAUGCUUGACUAUGCACAAACUGGCUUAAUUGCAGCAGUGUUCAUCUUUAAAAUGAUGGAGUGGUGGUACCAAUCUGCUGAGGAGAGAAUGUCAGCUCCAACAGUGUAUCCCCCACCCCCACCACCUCCAGCCCCGAAGGUUGCCAAAGAGGGGAUUCCACUGCCACUCGAUAGAACAAUCUGCCCGUUGUGCUCCCAAAAGCGUGCAAACCCUUCGGUUGUUACAAUCUCAGGAUUUGUUUUCUGUUAUGCUUGCAUAUUCAAAUAUUUAUCUCAGUAUAACCGCUGCCCAGUCACAUUGAUGCCAGCAAACGUUGAUCAGAUAAGGAGGUUGUUCCAUGAUAUGUAGAGACGUGGAGAUAUUGUAGGAGAUAAGUCCACAUACUUUUAUACAAAAGGUUCAGUGACGCUGGCAAAGCCAUUGCAAGCUAAGCAAAAUAAUGUACAAUUUGCAAUCGUUCAUUUCAGCAGCAAUCCAUGUGACAUAAUAGUCCUACCAGGACCGUACCUGACCCAUCUAUUUCUGCAGGCAAAUAAUAGAAGUCACCUAUUUACAAUUGUAAGUUAUCAAGGUCUCUUUCCCAUUCUCUCCUCCCUCUUUUUUCCUUUUUUUUUUUCACUCUGGACAUGUAUCUCAGCUACUCAAUGCUAAAUAAAGCUUGAUUCGACGUCCAUUGAUUAAUUU